AUACACAAUAUAACAUUUCAACAUAGAUAACAUUUUUAUUUUACCAAAGAUUCUUCAAUUCAAAUUUAUAAAUAUGUCAAAAGAUGAUGUUUUGUAUUUACUUUGCCUUUUGUUAUCAAUUCCACUAGGCCAUCUUAUUAAGAUAUCUGGCUCAGCAAAAAGAAAACAAUUUCUUACCUUGAUCGCGGGAUUAUUCAUGAUUUUUCUAACUUCGGGCAUUGGAGGUCUCGCUCAUUCUUUUUGUACGAUUGUAGGAACGUUUUGUUUGGUAAAAUUUCUUGGUCCUAGAUAUGGGCCAUGGAUGUCAUUUGUUUAUGUAUUCACAUACCUUUUCUUCCGCACUUGCCAUUGGCUUGGUUUACCAAAACCUCUUCCUCAUUCCAAUGCUGUUCAACUUCUUCUUACAUUAAGGAUGUGUACUAUUGCAUUUGAAGGUUUUCAAUUGAUUCUUCACAACGGCUAUGCUCAAUUGGAAGACAUGAAAGAUAGUUCAACAUGGAAAGUUUCAUUUUAUGACACUCUUUGCUAUGGAUAUUGUUAUUGUGGCCUCAUGACUGGGCCAUACUAUCGCUACACAACUUACGUCGAUAUGUUAAAUCAAAAAAUACAAAUUCCAUCAUUUCACAUUGCCUUACAAAGACUUCAAUACCUGCCCUUUUUCAUUGCGAUUUUUGUCCCAGUUAACAUGUACUUUCCCGCACAUCAUCUAAAAAGUGACGAGUAUCUCCACCAUCCUUGGGGUUGUAUUUAUCAAAUUAGUUACCUUGUUCCUCUUUUCAUCUGGUUUCGCAUUAGAUUUUAUAUAGCCUGGUUGUUGGCCGAAAGUAGUUGCAUCUCAUUGGCUUUAGGUGCCUAUCCUGAACAAAUUCAAUGCUUGCCUGGUCAAGGACCCACAACGCCACUUCAAGAGGUUGAUCAAAUGAAGAAGGGUCAAGCAUUCAACUUUGAAACCAUUCGAAACAUAAAACUCUGGGAGACGGAGUAUGCACCAACUUUACAUAAAACAACAAAGACAUGGAACAUGACUGUGCAAUGGUGGCUAGUGCAUUACUUCUACAAAAAGUUCCCAUUCAAAAAGCACAGAGCGUGGGCAACAUUUCUAUUCAGUGCAUAUUGGCACGGUGUCUUACCCGGCUACUAUCUUACUUUCAUGAGCGUCCCAUUGGUUAUCCUUGCUCAAUCUCUCAUGCAUAAGUUUGUUAACCCUUCACUCAAAUGGGAAAAAGUAUAUGAUUGGCUUAGUUGGUUUAUAUUGCAUCGUUGCUUUGAGUACCUCAGUGUUGCUUUUAUAUUGCUAGAUAUUAAUGAUAUUGUUAAAGUAUGGUCUUCUAUGUAUUUCUACAUUCAUAUAUGCACAAUUUUAUUGAUACCCUUACUACUGACUUUCAAUAAGAUUUUUACUGCUCAUAAUCAUCAGAAGAUGUAAAUAUUUACUAAUAAUGUUACUUUAACUUGUAACAAAUAUAUACUUGACUUGUCACAAA